AUGGGACAGCGACAAUUUCGUAGAGUGGGAGUUGAGGAAGGAGGAGGUGAGUGUGUGCGCGGGAUAAAUCCCCCAACACUGACACCCACCGACCACAAGGCGGAGCUGCAUCCUCGGCCUGACGAGACGCCUGUGGGUGUGGGCAUCGAUGAGGGAGGCGGGCAGGAGAGAAAGCAGAAAGGAACAGAGGAACCAAAGAAAAACAGGCAGAAAAAGAGGGCAUUUCGGAGGUUUUCCUCUGUUUUCUUUUUUUCCUCUCGCCCCAAGUCCACCAAAGCUCAGGAUGAGCAGGUGGAGCAGUGUGAGGUGGACCAGGACACUGAUGAAGCCCCAUCCAGGAGGUGUACUGAUGAUCAGACUUCUUUACAGGACAUCAUCUGUUCUGUAGAGGAUAAUGAUCAUCAGGCACCUUCUUCCAGUAGUCCUGAAGUCCCCUCCACUGCCAAAAACCAGCAAGUGGUGGACGUCAAGCCUCAAGAUCCAAGUCCAGCCAGUUCAUCAUCAGGUGACACUGGAUCACAUCUGCUGAGACAGCUGGACUGUGACAAGAUCGUGAGGGCAGAGGAUCACAUUUGCUGGAAAUAUGCCAUUGGCAAGAAAUUGGGGGAAGGAUCAUUUGGCUCUGUCUUUGAAGGGACCCGUUGCAAGGACGGCCUCAUGGUUGCUGUGAAAUUCACAGCGAAGACAGGGAAAGAGCCAUACAUCAGCCUUCCUGACCAUCCCAGACCAGUUCCACUUGAGGUGGCCCUGACAGUAAUGGCCAAUCAAGGCCCAUGCUGUCGCCACAUAAUAAAGUUGCUGGACUGGCAGGACCAUCUCGACCAGUACAUAAUGGUCUUAGAAAGACCCUCUCCCUGCAUGGACAUGCACGGCUUUUGGCUGCGUUCCAGAGGCCGCUUCAGUGAGAAACUGGCUCGUCAUUUCAUGCGGCAGGUGAUCGUGGCUGCUGCCCUGUGCUGCUCUAGGGGUGUUCUGCAUCGGGACAUCAAAAUGCAGAACCUCCUAGUCAACACAAAGACCCUGGUGGUUAAAUUGAUUGAUUUUGGCUGCGGAGACAUCAUGAAAUGCUCAUCCUACGAAAACUAUGCUGGCACGGCAGUCUAUUGCCCCCCAGAGUUCUUCAAGAAGGGCGAGUACUUUGGGAAGCAGGCAACGGUGUGGUCGCUGGGGGUCCUGCUGUUUGCCAUGAUCAGUUGCCGUUUCCCAGACAGCAGAGAUUUCGUUUUGAUGGACCGUGAUGUCUGGUUCCAGUCGGGCUUCUCAAACGAAUGCUGUCGCUUUAUCCAAGGUUGCCUGAAGAGCGACCCAAAGCAGAGACUCCAUUUGGAUGAGAUGCUCUUCCAUGACUGGUUCAAGGUCAUCGAGGAGAGACGGAGAGAUGGAUCUCUCCAGCCUCAGCGUCUUGCGGGGCUGGCAGGCCUUGGUUGCGCCUGGCGCCUUGGCUUGAGGUGGUUUUAGCGUCUUGCGGUUCUGCCUCCAUCUCUCCAGCCUCAGCGUCUUGCGGGGCUGGCAGGCCUCGGUUGCGUCUGGCGCCUUGGCUUGAGGUGGUAGUUUUUGCGUCUGGCAGAACUACUUGCCUAGGGAUGUGUGUAUAUUGUAAAUAGUUCGUUUAGUUUUACUUAGUUAAGUUAGCCCCUCCAUCUCUCCAGCUUCAGCGUCUUGCUGGGCUGGCAGGCCUCGGUUGCGUCUGGCACCUUGGCUUGAGGUGGUAGUUUUUGCGUCUUGCAGAACUACUUGCCUAGGGAUGUGUGUAUAUUGUAAAUAGUUCGUUUAGUUUUCUUAGUUAAGUUAGCCCCUCCAUCUCUCCAGCUUCAGCGUCUUGCUGGGCUGGCAGGCCUCGGUUGCGUCUGGUGCCUUGGCUUGAGGUGGUAGUUUUUGCGUCUUGCGGAACUACUUGCCUAGGGAUGUGUGUGUAUUGUAAAUAGUUUGUUUAGUUUUACUUAGUUAAGUUAGCCCCUCGAUCUCUCCAGCCCAAGCGUCUUGCGGGGCUGGCAGGCCUCGGUUGCGUCUGGUGCCUUGGCUUAGUUUUGGCGUCUUGCGGACACAUUGGUGUCUCACAGUGGAUUCGAACCCGGGUCUCUCACACCAAAGGCAUGUGUCUUAUCCACUGCACUAUUACCACCCCGCAUUUCUCAGCUGCCUUGGGCCCAGAGAUCCUGUCAGAGAUGCUCCAGAAUUCUCAGUGAAGACAGCCAUAAAGCUUCCCGUCUCUGCUGCUCUAAAACCUGCUGAGGCUCCACAGAAUCACUGUGAAGGUUCAUUCUGCUGCAACUCCAGUCCCUGCUACAGUUUUAGAGCUCCGUGUCAAAGAAGCUCAGGUUGUUAAGCUUCCCAGAGGUUCCUGACAUGACUACAAAGUUUCCUCCUUAUGGUGCAGAGGUUCAUGCCACAGUUGGCAAAGAAGUUCCAGCUCCACUUGCUGGUUUUCGGCAGUGGGGGGGACUUCAGGACUACUGGAAGGAGGUUCCUGACUCCUAUAUACACCUGUUUACCACAUUAAAAACAAAAUGUUUCUGAAAAUGUCUUGUUUUAUCAGGGAAACAUUUCCCUAUUAUGCUUCAGUUCUAGACAUUAAGCCUCUCAUUUUACCCAGACUGAUCUAAUGAAAUGGCGUAUGUAUGACACGCCAAUUCGUAUUUCCAUUUUUGGCGGGCUAUCAACACGCAUAAUUGCUUUUUAGCAUGUUUAUGAACGCCGUUGACUUAACGUUACAUUACUGUAUAAAUAUAUGACCAAGCCCAACCCCAUCACUAAACCUACGCGUCACUGGGGUUAAUGCCAUUUAUGAGUCUUCCCCUACCAUCCUAGGAAAAAAAUAUCGCUCCCUAGAUGUAGAUCUACAUUUUGCUUUGUUUCGAUCGGACAUUUAACAGCGUGUACAUACAUGCGAGAUCAUUCAGACAUUUAACGACGUAGACAUACACGCAGAUAGCUUAAAAUGCGUAUAGAUACCGCGCCACUUGACUUGAAAGUGGCGUGUAUGUUUACGCAAAAGUCAUGAUGUCAUGUUGUUUACCAGUUUCACCAGGUAAGUAAUGCGAGGUAAGUGACUUCUCAAAGUAGAGUUACACUAUAAGGACCUCCAUUUAAUAUUUGAAGCUCAAAGUAUCUGCAUGUGAUUCACCUGCAGACAAGGUCCAAACGCCAAAUUUGACUUUGGGGAGGAGAUAAAGCUGGGUUACCUGAUAGUGGCAGAUACCUUUAUGAAACUCUAUAUAUAAAAUAUUGAUAUACAUGAAAUUUGAUGAAUAACAAAUUCAAAUGGAAGACAUACAACCCUAAACAAAAUGUUUCAACUUGCAUAUGGUACAACUUACCUCAAUGGGAAAUUACCAUUAGAAGAUGUGCUAUUCCAUGUUAUAACCCCCUUGGAGAUCGCAGACAGUCAUAAUGUAAAAAUAAAUUAUUUUAACUCUUUUGCCUUUAUGUAAAAUUGCCAUUGUGAAAAUGAAGAAUGAAUUAAGUCAGAACAAAGUCAGUCUUGUUAACUUCUCUAUCAGGCUAUUGACCAUUUUUUACAUUUGCUAAUUAUUCCAGUUUAACUCAUUUGGGUUAAUAUUUUGCAGUAAUUUCAAAUAAAAUUUAUGUUUUUACAUAA